AGGUUGGCGCGUGCGCACUUAACAGACUAAAUCGAAACUUUGAUAUUCUAUUUUGGCUUUGAAAUUUUUUAACAUAAAAGAAAUUAAUACAUAUCUAUGAUUCCAAAUAUACAUCCAGUAUUACAAACCUGUCUGGGUACAGCCUUCACAUGGGGAUUAACAGCUGUUGGGGCAGCUCUUGUAUUUGUUUUCUCGGGAGGACAGAGGCGAGUUCUAGAUGGAAGUCUAGGAUUUGCAGCAGGCGUGAUGACAGCAGCAUCUUUUUGGUCCCUUUUGGCUCCUGCUAUUGAACUUGCCGAAAAAUCAGGUCUCUAUGGAGAAAAUGGGGAAUAUUCGUUUAUUCCAGUAGCUAUUGGCUUCGGCCUGGGUGCUUUAUUUGUUUACGGAGCAGAUAUAUUCUUGCCUUUCUUGGGAAUAAACGAUCCUACCUUGAGUUUAGCUGUAGCAACUUCUGAUAAAGUCAAAGAUGAUGCAGAUGCUGCAACGUUUUCUAUAAUUACCAAAGAUGAUAAGGCAGGUACAUCAGAUAAUUUAACAAGACGACAUCAAACAAGCGGUGAAUACGAUUCAACAUCAGAGAGGGCUUAUACAGGAGACAUACCAACCUCAUCACAAAUCAAUUGGAAAAGAAUUAUGCUACUAAUUAUUGCUAUAACAAUUCAUAAUAUUCCAGAGGGACUAGCAGUAGGUGUAGGUUUUGGAGCCGUAGGUAAGACUUCAUCAGCAACUUUUGAAAAUGCAAGAAAUUUAGCAAUUGGUAUCGGAAUACAAAAUUUUCCAGAGGGUUUAGCAGUUAGUUUACCCUUAAAGGGCUCUGGAAUGUCAACGUGGAAAUGCUUCUUUUAUGGGCAACUAAGUGGUAUGGUAGAACCCAUUGCGGGCAUAUUAGGUGCUUUGGCUGUCGUCUUAGCGGAGCCAAUAUUACCGUAUGCAUUGGCAUUUGCAGCUGGUGCUAUGAUAUAUGUUGUCGUUGAUGAUAUUAUUCCAGAAGCUCAGUUAUGUGGUAAUGGAAAAUUAGCUUCCUGGACAACAAUUAUCGGAUUUAUUGUUAUGAUGAUUUUAGACGUUGGUCUUGGUUAA